CCCAAACCCACACUAAAAAACCUUCUCUAGGGUUUUAGUAUAUAGCCGCACUCUUCAUUUCCUCUUCUUCUUCCUUUCAUUACCCCAUCCCCGUCCUGUCUCGAAUACAGAAACCCUAGUUUGCGACAUCAUGGGUAUCUCUCGUGAUUCUAUGCACAAGAGGCGUGCCACUGGUGGCAAGAAGAAGGCUUGGAGAAAGAAGAGAAAGUAUGAGCUUGGGAGGCAGCCAGCUAUGACUAAGCUGUCAAGCAACAAGACUGUUAGGAGGGUUAGGGUUCGAGGUGGUAAUGUCAAGUGGCGUGCAUUGAGGUUAGAUACUGGCAACUACUCAUGGGGUAGUGAGGCUGUGACUCGAAAGACCCGUAUCCUGGAUGUCGUUUACAAUGCAUCCAACAAUGAAUUGGUUAGGACACAAACAUUGGUGAAGAGUGCUAUCGUCCAGGUUGAUGCUGCUCCAUUUAAGCAAUGGUAUCUCCAGCACUAUGGUGUUGACAUUGGGCGCAAGAAGAAAGCUGCUUCUGUUGCCAAGAAAGAAACUGAGGAGGGAGAGGCACCUACCGAGGAAGUCAAGAAGAGUAACCAUGUUGCACGAAAGAUAGAGAAACGCCAGCAAAAUCGUAUUUUGGACCCUCACAUUGAAGAGCAGUUUGGUGGUGGUCGUUUGUUGGCAUGCAUUUCAUCUCGUCCUGGUCAAUGUGGCCGCGCUGAUGGGUAUAUUCUUGAAGGAAAAGAGCUGGAAUUCUACAUGAAGAAAAUCCAGAGGAAGAAGGGCAAGGCAGCUGCUUAAAUUUCUGCAGUAGAAUCAUAGUCAGAUUUGAGAAUUUUGGUUUUUCUUUCCUAUCAUCGAUUACUCUUUUUUUACUUUGGGGUUGAACCUAGACUUCUCGAUAUAAUCCAUGGCAGUUCGUCCAAAAGAGUUUUGUAAUGUGUAAUGAGAUUCUUCCGUAUUUUUGUUGCCUUUAGUUAAGAAAAACUUUUGUUCAGAUUUUUCAUCUCUA